GGCCUUCUUCUGGCUGGUGUCCCUGCUCCUGGCCUCCCUGGUGUGGUUCGUGUCGGUGCAGCUCAGUGACCGGGAGGACGCUCGUCUGCAGCGCGGGCUCCUCCUCUUCGGGGCCUCCGUCUCCGUCCUGCUGCAGGAGACCUUCCGAUUCGCCUACUUCAAGCUGCUCAACCCCCCCCCCGCAGCCUUCCUCACCAUGGCCCUCGUCCUCCUCCACACCUUCUGGGGGGUGAUUUUCUUCGACGCCUGCGAAAGGCGCCGCUUCUGGUGCCUGGGGCUGGUGGUGGCCACGCACCUCCUCACCUCGGGGCUGGUGAGUGCCCUCAAAAACCU